AUGGAUGCUUACUCUGUCUCGUUCACUAGUGUCUCGCAACGAAAUUUCUCUCGUAUUUGGAGAGACCUCAAGUCCUGCCGCCAGUAUAGUAUCAUGGAAAUGGCGGUCGACGACGUAUCGGAAAACCCGAGCUUGGGGCAAAGGAUAGGAGAGCGCCGAGCGCGAACUUCCGGUCGAAAGCCUCAUGUCGGGGUCGUAGGUGCUGGAAUGUCCGGUCUACGUUGCGUGGAUAUUCUCCUUCAGCAUGGGUUUGAAGUCACUUUGAUCGAGGGAAGGAAUCGACUGGGCGGAAGAGUACAUCAGUCAAAGUUGCCGUCCGGACAUAAGGUCGAGAACAUUGCUGGGCCAAAUUGGAUUCAUGGCACCAACGACAACCCUAUCCUGGAUCUUGCCAAGGAGACAAAAACUGUAACCGGACAGUGGGAGGAGAGAAGUGCCGUCUUCGAUGAAGCAGGCAAGCAAAUCUCUGCCUCAGAGGCAAUUACUCACUCGACUAUCAUGUGGGACGUCGUAGGAGCCGCCUUUGCGUACAGCAAUAAGUACUCCGCCACGAUAAGUCCGGAUGAAAGUCUCUGGGACUUCUUCCAAAAGGAAGUUCCUAAAAGGAUACCAGAUACCGAAGAAAAUUUCGAGAGGAAGAGGAAUUUUGUCUACCAGCUUGCCGACCAGUGGGGUGCGUUUGUUGGUAGUCACAUCUUCACACAAAGCUUGAAGUUUUUUUGGCUGGAAGAAUGUAUAGAUGGCGAGAACCUGUUCGUUGCAGACACUUAUGAGAAGAUCCUUCAGCUUGUCGCGAAGCCAGCCAUUGAAGGCGCGAAAAUCAAAUACGGUACUAUUGUCAACAGGAUACAGAGCACCAAUGAUGAAGGUGGUGCACUGAAAGUCUACACGGAGGGAGGAGAGAGCCUGGAGUUCGACGAGGUUGUCCUCACCGCACCUCUUGGCUGGCUGAAACGACAUACUGAUGCUUUCGAGCCGGCGUUGCCGUUGAGACUCACCAAGGCUAUUAAGAGUAUUGGUUAUGGAUGCCUUGAGAAGGCUUAUAUUAGUUUCCCGAAAGCAUUCUGGACCCUUGAUCGCUCUGAGGAUAAUAGAGUUGAGGGGUUCUGCCAAAUGCUCGCACCAGACUAUGCAGCCGACAGGAAUCCGAAGAAAUGGAACCAGGAAUUUGUCGAGCUAGCAUCCUUGAAAUCCUCCGCUCAUCCAACGUUGCUUUACUACUUCUACGGCGAUCAGUCAAAAUUCAUCACCGGCGAGCUAGCAAAGUUACCUUCGAAGGAGAAGCAAGAUGAAUUUCUAUACGACUGGUUCAAGCCGUAUUACUCACGUCUUCCUAACUACGACGAGAACUCUCCCGAUUGCCAACCUAACGGCUGCUACGCAACUGAGUGGCUCAAUGACGAACUCGCUGGCAAUGGCAGUUAUAGCAAUUUCCAGGUGGGUCUUGAAGAGGGCGACACGGAUAUCGAAACCAUGAGAGAGGGGCUACCUAACAGGGGUCUCUGGCUGGCUGGCGAGCAUACGGCGCCUUUCGUCGCCUUAGGAACGGCUACAGGUGCAUACUGGAGUGGCGAGUCUGUAGGAAAGAGGAUCGCACAGGCGUAUUCUAGAGGAGAAAGUGGCGUCAUGGUCUUGGGUUGA